AUUUGCGUACCUCCCAGAAUCGAUUUGCCACUCAACAUCGAUCAGUGUCGGGGGCUGAUCUCCGAGAGUGAGUUGCUAUAUCCGAGAAAGUGCAAGCCUUUGACUUGGCCAAUCAGUCCAACAAUAUCUUGGAUCUAGAUCUGGAACUCCCCUCUUCUUUGCCUCUGGUCUCAUUGAUCUGCGGUCUUAGCCUAGUUGGGUUUUCUUUUUCACUGCGUCGCCACCUCAGGGGUGAUAUUUCAUCCCAAUUGCGCACCCGCCGACAAUAAUCCGAUGACUGCGCUUCGUAGAAGCUUCCUCUUCAAGGUGACCCGUAACAAUCCCAACCAUCAUUAGGUGCUGGAAAACAUUUCCACGUCGACUUUUCAAGAGGUCGUGAGCUUCCGGUGCAAACCACCACUUGUCACGACUUGCAAGAGGUCUUAAAGCAGUGGGCGGCCUUGGUCAAUCCACAGGCGUGGAGAAGCACUGAUAAUACCAAGUAAACCUACGAACACUGCAACCAUGACUAGGCGGACGCGCAGCUCGCUCGCCCGCGCCGGAAAGGUGCUGGCCGAUGACGAUGUCGAUAUCCUCGCAGAAGAGGCAUCUGCAAGCAAGGCAUCGUUGGGAGGCAAACUUAAACGAGACAGACCCUCGACUUCGAGCAGCAAGACGCCAUCGGUUGCAUCUGCUUCCACUGGUGGUAGCGCCUCUACCUCUGCUAGUGGCUACUCGACGCCCAUGACCAGUGCAGUUGCAACCCCUCUCCCGACAAUCGCUGUCAAUCAGACGUCUGGUUCCAGGCUCGAGAUUAAUAUUCCCCUUCAGCCGCCAGCUGACAGCAAGAAGGUUCUCAGAAAGAGUGUGUACAGUCUGAACGGAGCCUCGAAGCGAAAGUGGAACGAGGUGGAUGAUAGCGAUGAAGAGCUUUCUGAUUCCUCUCCGGAUGCAGUCUUGGCCAGAAGGUUACAGAAAGCGGAGGAGACCGAUUUCACUGGCAGCAGUUCUGCCAAACAGGCCAUGUAUUCAGGAACCUCGUCGACUAGGCGCUCGACUAGGAGUCUGAAGCAAAGGCCAGUCGUCCAUGACCUUGACUCUGAAGAUGAUGUGCUCACGGCGUCCAUCAAGUCAAAAUUCAAGUCGAAGAGACAGGCAACCCCAGCUAAGUUCGUUGCAGACUCGGAAGAUGGGUCGGCCUUCUCUUCGGCUCCUGAUGCCAAUGAUUCCGAUCAAGCCGACAAUAUAGCCGUGAACGGCUCAUCUGACGAGUUUGAUGAUGAGGUUCAGACUACAAAGCCUCGCAAACAAGCCCACAGAGUUGAUCGCAGAGCCUCGCAGCCGAUUCCCAAGCGCCGCAAGAUUGUCCCACGUGCCACUCUGGUGCUCGACUCCGAAUCCGAAUCGUCUGCUCCACCUAGUGAGUGGACCGAUAGUGAUGACGAUGAAGGUCUUGGCGAUGCUCCGUCGGAAACCCCUCGGGCCGUUACACGGGUCAGACGUGGCAGAACAAGUACUACACGUGUCGGCGGCCAUAUGACACGUGAGGAGAGGGAUCGGGCCAAGCUUGAGAAGAACCAUCCCUACCUUAAGACACUAUGGGCGGAUUUUGAAGCCAAAGCAGUUGUGGACCCUCCUCCGGCAAGCCAACCGACGAACAUUUCUCGAAAUCUGAAGCCUUUCCAGCUUCAAGGCCUGGCAUGGAUGAAAGCAAUGGAGCAGACGGAAUGGAAAGGUGGACUUCUCGGCGAUGAGAUGGGCCUUGGCAAGACUAUACAAGCCGUGUCCCUCGUCAUGUCGGACUGGCCAGCCAAGAAACCUUCACUGGUUCUCGCACCGCCGGUAGCAUUGAUGCAGUGGAUGAGCGAAAUUCAAUCCUAUACUGAAGGUACCCUCAAAACUAUCGUCUAUCAUGGAUCCAACGCCAAGACCAAGAAGAUGACCAAGGCUGAGCUGAAGGGAUAUGACGUGAUUAUCAUGUCGUACAACAGUCUUCAGUCGAUGUACGCAAAGCAAGAGAAAGGCGUCAGCAAGAAAGAUGGUAUUUACAAGGAGAAGAGUCUGCUUCAUUCGAUUGACUUCCACCGAGUUAUCUUGGAUGAAGCCCACUACAUCAAGUCUCGCACCACCAUGACCUCCAAAGCCUGCCUGGCACUCAAAACAACUUACAGAUGGUGCCUUACUGGCACUCCCCUCCAGAAUCGCAUUGGAGAAUUCUUCUCGCUCGUACGGUUCUUGAAGAUUGAACCGUUUGCCAACUAUCUUUGCAGGGAUUGUGACUGCUCAGCUUUGGAUUGGUGCCUUAACGACAAGUAUCAAUGCAAGAAGUGCGGCCAUGGUGGUUUGCGCCAUGUCUCGGUGUUCAAUCAAGAGCUUCUCAACCCUAUUCAGACCUAUGGAAGAACGUUGAAGGGCGCAGAGGCCUUCCGGAAGCUUCGCUUGCUCACCUCAAAAAUUAUGCUACGGCGUCAAAAGAAAGACCAUAUGGACUCCAUGGAACUGCCGCUCAAGGAAAUUAUCAUCGAUCGUCAGUUCUUCGGUGAGGUUGAGAAAGAUUUGGCGGGCAGUAUCAUGCACAACAACCAGCGCAAGUUUGAUACUUAUGUAGCACAGGGUGUUGUCUUGAACAACUACGCCAACAUCUUUGGCCUUCUGAGCCAGAUGCGCCAGGUUGCCGACCACCCCGAUCUCAUCUUGAAGAAGAACAACGAGCCUGGUGUCAACAUUAUGGUCUGUUGCAUUUGUGACGACACUGCAGAGGACGCCAUCAAGUCUCAAUGCAAGCAUGAGUUCUGUCGGGCGUGUGCCUCUAGCUAUGUCAACUCCACACCUCAGCCGACUUGCCCGAGAUGUCACAUUGUACUCUCCAUUGACUUGGAGCAGCCAGAAAUCGAGCAAGAUCAGGAAAUGACCAAGAAGAAUUCCAUCAUCAACCGAAUUCGUAUGGAGAACUGGACUUCGUCCACAAAAAUGGAGAUGCUAGUACACUCUCUACAGAAGCUUCGGUCCGACAACUCAUCACACAAAUCCAUUAUCUUCUCUCAAUUCACCGGUAUGCUGCAGCUCAUUGAGUGGCGCCUUCGCCGAGCUGGAAUCACAACUGUCAUGCUCGAUGGUAGCAUGACCCCAGCCCAGCGAGCUGCCUCUAUCGAUCAUUUCAUGAACAACGUGGAUGUCGAGUGCUUCUUGGUUUCACUCAAGGCUGGAGGAGUGGCUCUGAACCUGACCGAGGCAUCGCGUGUUUUUAUAGUUGACCCUUGGUGGAACCCAGCCGCUGAGUGGCAGUCAGCCGAUCGUGUUCACCGAAUUGGACAGACCCGACCUGUGGUCAUCACGCGUCUUUGCAUUGAGGACUCGAUCGAAAGUCGAAUUGUCGAGCUGCAGGAGAAGAAGACAAAGAUGAUCAACUCGACUGUCAACUCUGACGACGUUGCCUUGGACUCGCUGGAGCCAGAGGAUCUCCAGUUUCUGUUCCGCGGAAACUAGAGACGAAGAUACUUUCUGGUUUAUGGCAGCCUCUCUACAGACAAUCCUGUCACAUACAUGGUUUACCUUGUCUGCUGUUAUCAGUAGGCAGUGUGUGGCCAACAAUUUCUACAUUCUCGAUUCGAGGUGACACCUUUUGCCUAUGGAGUUGGAAAUCAUACUUAUUAGGAAAGGUGAUCUUGCGCUUCUAUGUAAUUCUUAGCUACGUCCACAUGGCGUUGUAACAUUGAUUUCUGGCCACUUGCAAGUUCCGGUCUUGCAGUGUGGAGGCGCUUCUGUUUUUGUUUCGUUUCUCUUGGCGCUGUCUCUUCAUGCUCGACAGGCGAUGUUGUAAAAUAUUCGCUGGGGGGCAGGCAUGGUUUCUUUCUUUGUUUUGGUGCUGACCAUAUGAUAAACUGGCUUGGUGUUUAGGAGCCAACGAUGCCUUGAGAUGCCCCCCAUUUCUAGACUACAACAUAAAAUGAUAAACUAUUGAUACCCAAGCUACAAGCGAAAAACCUCGCGCAGCAUAGGCUGCUUCACCCAUACCUUGGCACUGUUC